GAGAAAUGGGGUUCGAAGAAUACAAGCCAAUAAUAGUGAUGGUAGUAUGUCAGUUCAUAUACUCGGGAGUGACGCUAACUGGAAGAGCUGCUCUUCUUCAAGAUAUGAGCUCUAGGGUUUUUGUUGUCUACAGGCAAUCCAUUGCUUUCUUCAUUAUUGCUCCCAUUGCUAUUUUCUCUAGGAGAGGAACAAAGGGAUGUUUUAUGGGAUGGAAGACCUUCGGUUUGAUUUCUUUGCUCUCUUUCGUCGGUUAUGGCAGCGUGACAGUUAACCAGAACGUAUAUUUCGAGGGUUUGUACUUAUCCUCGUCAUCAGCUGCAAGUGCACUCGCCAAUUUGGUGCCUGCUAUUACAUUUAUCAUGGCUUAUAUCUUGGGAUUAGAAAAAGUCGAGCUGCGAAGCAUGAGAAGUGUGGCGAAGAUCAUCGGAACAAUUUGCUGCGUAAGUGGUGCAGCUGCAAUGGCAUUAUUGAAAGGUCCUAAAUUACUAAACACAAUUGAAUUCCAUAAUAAUAAUCAGACAACAAAAGACACUUGGUUCCUAGGUUGUUUGUUUCUCCUAGGUAGCACUUUCUGCUGGUCUAUUUGGCUAAUUCUCCAGGUGCAUGUAACUGCUUGCUACCCAGAUCAUCUUUCACUAACAGCAUGGAUGUGUUUAAUAGCAGCAAUCCAAUCCGGAAUAUUGACACUAAUCGUCGAGCCGAAUACGAGUUCGUGGAAAUUAACUUCACCCCUUCAACUAUUUUGCUGCUUUUAUGCUGGUUUGGGAUCAGCAGUUACAUUCUUUGCACAAGCAUGGUGCAUUGCAAGGAGAGGGCCACUCUUUUCUGCUAUGUUCAAUCCUCUGUGCACUGUCAUUGUCACGGUUUUUGCGUGUGUUUUUGUGCACGAAGAGUUGUACACUGGAAGCUUAUUAGGUGGAUUGGCUGUGAUUGUUGGACUUUACGUUGUGCUAUGGGGCAAAGCAAAAGACCAUGAAGAUGUAAUUAGUGAAGAUCAGAGCAGCCAAUUAGCUUCAGAUAAUAGUACAAUUAGCUGCAUAAUUGAUUUGGGAGUGCCACUUUUGCCUGAUAAAACAUCAAUCAAUUAAGGGAUUAUUAUGUAAUUAAUCUUGGAUUAGUACUCUGGUUAAUCAGUCUUGGAAUAUCACAGCCAUUCAAUUAAAUUAGCUCCCUUAAUAUUUUUAUUCAUUAUCUUUUUUUU